AUGCAAUCGAUCAGCCCAGAAGAAUCGGCUUUUGAACCGCCUCCCCAGAUAUUUUUCACUCCAGGGGAUAGGCAAUACUCGUUACUGAAGAAGACCAUGUCUUCUCAAUCUAGCAUGACGACCUCGAACCCGGGGCUUUCUUACCCGUCAAUUUUCCAACUAAACCUGGAGAUUCCCUCCUUUUUCAUGUCUUAUCGCUGGUGGGAAGAUGAAGCGACAACUGUGUUCUGGGCAUUCGAUAUCCAAGAAAUUAGUCGUGUGAUCCAAUUCGGACUCUUUCGUGACGAAAACUUCCCGAGGACUUCGCUUUGCGCUCGAAAUGUGGACACCAUUGAUACCUUUUUGAUCGCGCUAUCCGAGCCCCAUGAGUACCAGCUCCUUGGGAAUCUCUCCCAUAUACAAAGGGUGGAGGAGAUCCUACGCCGGUCGAGUAUCUCUCCUUUCCAGGCAAUUCCAUGGAGUUGGCUUCCACCGCAAUCAAGUCCUACACUAGAUGCGCGGGAGAUCGCUGCCGCAAUUGAGGCAGAGAGCCAUUUUCACUUCAAGCAGGUUGCCUUCGAAGAGUUUGUACGUGCUGCUCUCGGAUACAAUGCCGUCUUUGUGGAGUGGUUUCUGCAGCAGCAUACGGCUCUUUAUAUUAUUCUCCGCGACCAUUUGAAUGCCUAUCCGGAGGACAUCCCUUUGUACACAGAAGUGGAAAAGCAUCUUCGGUCGCGGAGUCCAUUUGCACACCGUGCACUGGCCCACUGCCUUCUGGCUGUGCGAACUGGCGGGAAUCAUGACAUGUCCAAGCUCAACACCGCUGGAUUUGAGUUCAUCGCAGGCCCUAUUCAGGCCUUAUUCAAGGACCAACCAGGAAGGCUCACUGCCAUGCUCAAGAUGUUGAGCGUUCUGGCAAUUCGAUUUCGCCGACGAUAUAUUCAUGCUCCUACGAUGGAUUGGACGACUCCAUUUGAUACCUCUAUUCCUUUCCUGGACGAUUAUCUCGAGUCGACAUCUCCAACAGACUUGGCCCGCAGCAUGAGAGGCCUGGACGAGCAUCAUUUUGCCGCAUUAACAAGGGAAAGCCUGAUAGCAGAAGAUGCUGUCGUGAAACAAUUACAGAUUCAAUGGUGUGUACUGAGUAAUUCUGCCUGGGAAUGUUGCGCGGCCCUUCCAGACCUGGUUCCAUAUCUGCAAGAAUGUGCACAGUCCCUCUUAACAACCAGGAAUUAUCAUUCUCUUACGGCUAUCACCAAAGGCUUACACACCUAUUCCAUUUUAACAACGCGCACCGCCAAUACCGCUACCGCUCCAGGAAAUUUAAUUACACUUGAGGCGUUGAUUCCACAAGAAAUCAUCAACCUCAUGAGCCCAGCUCAAAACUUUGCCGCUUAUCGCCAGCACUACCAAAAAUUCCCUGGCAUUCCCUUCCUGACGCCUCACAUCCACGAUCAUAAACAAAAUGGCGAAUCGGCCCUCCAACCGGUUUUUCAGUACCUGCAAAGCACCCAAUAA